GUUGCAGGAGCCUGCAGUCUGGAGGGGUGGGGCCCUCAUGUGCCUCGCGAAGAAGGUGUACCAUCGAAUCCUGAGAGAUAAGCUCAUGGCCUCUUUCGCCACUGUCCGAGCGGAUUUGCAGGCUGGGCAGAUGCCGGGAAUUGGUGUCGAAAGCAUCUCCUUGAUGGUGCGGUCCUUUCAGGCGUGGGCUCGGAAGGAUGGUCAAAAAACCGCACUAGUGUUCUUUGACGUGAAAACCGCGUUUUACAUGACCUUGCGUCAGGCAUUGGUACCCUCCGCUUCUGAUGAUGUGGCCCUUCGAGCUCUGUUGCAAGGUUUGGGUGUGCCCGGGGAUGCUGUGGCGGAACUGCAUGACCAUCUUACGGCAGCGGCACAAUUCGCUGAGGCGGGUGCUGGAGCACACCUUACCACCAUGGUCGCAGACCUUCUGCGUGGGACCUGGUUUCGUUUAGACGGGGCAGCUGCCUUGGUCAUGACGGAGCGCGGCAGUCGCCCCGGUGACCCUCUUGCGGAUUUGCUCUUUGCGUUUACGUUCUCGGCGUAUGUGCGCUGUGCUGAAAAGGCACUGCAAGCAGAGCCUGAGCAUGUCGGUGUGGCCUCCUGGGCCGAUGAUUAUGUCAUGCUUCAGGUUGGGACCACGGCUGUGAACCUGGUCCAACGUGUCCGUGCCGCUACGGGGAUCUUAAUCUCUCAGGCGUCGGCAGUCGGCAUGGAAGUCUCGUUUGCCAGGGACAAAACUGCAGUUAUGUUCUCGUCAGACUGCCAGCUGUCCGGGCUUCCAGAAUUUGUCACUGACCCCGCCUUGGGCACAUGCCUCCCCGUUUACAACAGUGUCCUGCAGUCCCAUUGCAAGUUGCCUGCGGUAGAUGCUUACCGACAUUUGGGGGGAAUCCUCACGGCGAAUGGAGUGCCCACCGCCGAAAUAUCUUUCCGGUAUGCUCAAGCAGCCGGUAUGAUGCGGCCGUUGAGAGGCAAGUUGUUCGCGGCAGGGCAGAUUCCCUUGACCAUCCGCCGCACCCUUCUGCGAAGUUUGGUUAUCUCCAGAUUUGUCUUCGCGGGGGCCAUCCUUCCCUUGCAUACUGCCAUUCACUGCCGACAAUGGGACCGGUCUUUUGUCAGACUUUGGCAAGGUUUGUGUCGGUGGACCACACCGGAGCAACAGCCUCACAGCUUCCAGGUGUUGAGGCAGGCACUUGCGCCCUCUCCACCACUCGCCGUGGCCCUCAUGAGAGGAGUUCUCCUUCAGAGGCUCCUCAAACACGGGCCAGGCACAGUCCUUCACAUGCUGCACGUUCAUUGGCGAACUGACCCCUCUAGAGCCUGGUUGGGCCAGCUCUUGUACGACAUUCGUGCUGUCGCAGUGUAUCAGCCAGGUGCUACGGCGCUCUUGGGGCAGGCUUGCCCGGUUACAGCUCUCAUCGAGGCUACUCAGGAUACGCCCGCUUGGUGGGUCGGGCAACUCCGGGCGGCCAUUCGGGCGUACGGGGCAGAUCUUGAGCGAUGGGCCCAACGCACGGAUACAGCUGGCAGGGGCUCUCCCCUUGCUGUUGGGGGAGAGCUCCGUCCGUAUGCAUGUCGUUGGCGUGAGGCGACCUUUGUACUGCGUAAGCAUCAAGCAGUACAUGAGGCCCGGCGACACGGCAUGAUCAGUCCUGUGCGUUUGUUUGCUUGGACAGCGGUUUGCCAAAGCUGCCUGAAGCUCUUUCACAGUGUCGACAGGCUCCACUACCACUUGAAGAGCUCCAAGGAGUGUUUGGCUCGGGUGGUCCAUGUGCUUCCGCCCAUGAGUCCAGAGCAUCUUAGGCAGGUUGAGAGGGAGGACUUUGCGAGUAGGCGCAAGGUUCGCAAGGGCCAGUGGCAACACUAUGAGGCAGCUAGACCCUCAGAGCUCACGUUUGGCCCUCGUCUUCCGACUGCCUCCGAGCGCCUUUUUGGCCUCGAUGAAGAUGAGAUCACAGUUGCUGACCUCCAGCGCUUGUAUCGCCCUACGCCUGGAGUUCUCAAUCAGGUCAUGGACUUCAUUGAUGCUGCCUCCUCUGAGGGUCCACGGGUUGAGGGUACCGAUUUCUGGCUCCGUCGACCAUCCUGCUGCUGA